AGCUUAAAACGUCGGGAUCGGUGUUCUAAAAUUAGCUUUAGCAAUGGCGGCGAAGAAAAGUAAAGUUUGGAACUACUUCGCAAAAAAGAAAAAUGAUAACUUUGCAACUUGUAAUAUCUGCAAGGAUAUGGUUGCAGCAUCUGGAGGAACGACUAACCUUAGUGUUCACCUAUUACGCCACCAUAAAAUUAAUUUACAACAUCAAAUUCGGCCGCGUGACAGAAAUAAUAAUGAAUCCUCGUGUAGCACAAGUAAAACUAUCGGUGGAGGCGAUGAACCCUCAUCUAACACUAGCAAAACCGUUGGUGGAGGCGAUAAAGAAUCUUCUUCUGGGCGUUUUGUUUCGACUGUUAACCCAUGGAGCAUUGCUGAAAAAAGUAAACUAUCUUCCAUGAAGUCCAAUGAAAUUACCAAUGCUAUUCUAGCAUACAUAGUACAUGAUCUACGACCUCUGAACACCAUUGAAAGUCCUGUAUUUAGGUAUCAGCCCCGUAACCGACAAAGACUCAGCGAACAACUCAUUCCGGCAUUAUUUGAAACAGAGAAAGCAAAACUUUUUCAAGAAUUACAGAGCUCUCAAGCAGUCUCCCUCACAACAGAUGCCUGGACAUCUAGAUCUGCAGAAUCAUACUUGACAAAAACUUGUCAUUUUGUGAAUAAAGACUUGGAAAUGUGUUCCAGAAUAUUACAAACAGAAAAAUUUCAUUGGUCACACACUGGAGAGAGAGUUGGAUAUGAACUUAAAACCUGUAUGACUACCGGUAAUUGGGCUAUUCAGAACAAAGUUACUGUAAUGACUGUUGACAACGCUUCAAAUAUGACGGUUGCCAUAGAGGUUACAGAUGCACAAAAAUUAGGAUGUCUAGCCCACACUCUAAAUCUUGCCUCAAAUAAAGCAAUGUCUAUUCAAGCUUUGCAAAGAGUUCUUGCAAAAGUGAGAUCAGUUGUUACAUAUUUUCAUAAAAGUAACAUUGCCACUGAGGUUUUAAAAGAGAAACAAAUUGCCCUGCAGUUACCCCAACACAAACUUAUUAUUGAUUGCAAGACCCGCUGGAAUUCCACUUACCAAAUAAUUCAGAAGUUUUUAAUUCAGAGGCCUGCAGUGCUUGCGGCACUUCUUGAUGAAAGGAUCAAAAGGUCUAAAGCAUUAAGUGGAAUGACAGAUCAUGAAGUUCAAAUUUGUGAAGUUUUUGUCUCUGUCAUGGAGGUGAUGUUAACAGCUACAUUAGUUCUUUGUGAGGAGAAGACUCCUACCUCUGGACUGAUUUUGCCCCUGCUGGGAAAACUAUUGCAUCAUUUUGAGAGAAAGGAAGGGGAUUCUGAUUUCAUAUUAACUUUGAAAAAUGCUGUUGGACAGAAUCUUGCAACACGAUAUACUGACAAUAAUGUGCGAAUGUUUUUAGAGGAAUCCAGUGCUUUGGAACCACGAACCAAAGGCAAGCCAUGUAUUCAAGCAGAAACUUGGGAAAGACUGGAAGACAAGUUGUCUGUGAUGGACUUAAAUGUUAAUGCAAUCAAGACAGAGGCAGAUGCUAGACCAGUGAGACCAGUCAGCAUUCCACAAGUAAAUCACAUUCCUCUGCCAGCACUUCCAACCAUUCCAGAUCACCUCAGGUCUGGUAGUUCAACUGAGGAUGAUUCAGAUAAUGAGAUUUCAAAACCUAGUGAACAAAAAGUAAUAAGAACUGCUUUGGAGUCUUUGUUUGGGGAUGAUGAGGUUUUAGUCACAGGUGAAGAACUCAUAACUCCUGCUGAAUUAGCAAGAAAAGAGGUAGAAAGUUACAAGGGACAUAAACCAGCCUCGAUGAAAGAAAACCCCUUAGCAUGGUGGAAGGAAAAUGAAGUUUAUUUUCCAAAACUGGCCAGGCUUGCUCGCACAUACUUUUGUGUACAGGCAACAUCUGUUGCCUCAGAGAGAGUGUUUAGUACUACAGGAGACAUUGUUUCUGCAACGAGAGCCUGUUUGAGUCCAGAACGUGUUAAUGAAUUGGUCUUUUUGAAGAAAAAUAUGAAAUUUUAA